AUGACGAACCCAUCCCCGCACUCUGCUUACAUCCAGAAAUGCAUCUCCCUGGCCGAACAAUCCCCUCCACGCCCAACAAACUUCCGCGUCGGAGCACUCCUCCUCUCCCGCAAAGACGAUGACCCAACCGGCUCAAACGACCAAAUCCUCUCCACGGGCUACACAAUGGAACUCGCGGGUAACACGCACGCCGAGCAAUGCUGUUUCGCCAACUUCGCCGCCGUCCACAACGUCCCCGAAGACCAAGUAGCCUCGGUGCUACCCGGCGAACCAGGCCGAAAGCUCGUCAUGUACGUCACGAUGGAGCCAUGCGGGAAGCGAUUGUCGGGUAAUGCGCCGUGUGCGCAGCGCAUUGCGCGGACUCGCGAGGGCGGGCGGCCCGGUAUUCAUAAGGUGUAUUUUGGUGUGAAGGAGCCGGAGACGUUUGUGGGAGAGUCGGAGGGGUGUCGGAUGUUGAGUGAGGCGGGGAUUGAGUGGGAGCAUGUGGGUGGGUCUGAGAGGGAGAUUUUGACGGUUGCUGUGGCGGGUCAUGAGGAUCCUGAGGCGGAGGUUAGGGUUGCUCUUGGUGAGAAGGGGAAGGAGAAGGAGACGAAUGUGGAUAAUAUUAGUCCUGAAGAGAGGAAGAGGCAGGAGCAGAUACCACGGAAUCCGAAAAAGAGGAUGAUGGAAGGGGAGACUCCGGUGUGA